UUGUAGAAAGUGAAUAUACAAACAAAAUCAAACAAGAAACAUUAAGACGAUUAAAGAGAAAAUAUCCUAAUGAAGCUAUUGGUGUAGGAAAAUCAACAUUUGGAGAAAAAUUUAUGAGCUAUUUAGAAGAAAAAGGAUAUAAAGUUUAUCAUCCAGUCGAAGCAUUUUUAUUACUUGAUGAUGAAUUAAAGCUUUUCU